AUGGCAGGAACCGAUCUACCUCACGAUCCCAAAAAAGCUCUCGAAUUUAAGAACAAGGGAAAUGAUCAUUUUCAAAACAAAAACUAUGAGGCUGCUGAACAAUUUUAUAGCAAAGCCAUCUCCCUCGACCCUCUCAAUCCGAUUCUCCACACGAACCAGUCCAAAGCUCUCCUCAAACUUUCCCGCUACCCCGAAGCAAUCGCCUCCUCAGAAUCCGCCAUCGCAGCUAUCUCCUCCGCUCCCAUAAAUAGCGUAUACAUGAAAGCCUAUUAUAACAUCGCACAAGCAUACCACGCACUACGCGACUAUGAUUCCGCGCUCAAAGCGGCGGAAAUGGCGAGGGAACAUUGUAUAAAGGAUAUGCCGAUCGGAGGAAAAGGACUAGUGGGGAGCGGGAAGAGUUUACCGCUUAUCUUAGAGCUGGGACUAAGGUGUAGGAAAGAGGGGUGGGAGAAGAAGGAGGAGAGGAGGAGGAGAGAUAGAGGCUAUUUGUUGGGAGAGGUGACGGGGUUGAUGAGGAGGGAGAUGGAGAGGGAUGGGGGAAGAAAGGAAAGGUGUGAUGGGGAUGCGAUGGAUCUCGAUACUAAAGUAAUCACAGAAGAAUGGGAGAAAAAGAUUGAAGAGGUAGAGAGGGUAUUUAGACUUGUGGAAACGCAAGGAAAGGAAGGGAGGAGGAGAGAAAUGCCCGAUUGGGCAAUUGACGGGAUCAGUUUUAAUGUUAUGAUCGAUCCUGUUGUGACCAAAACAGGCCAAUCCUACGAACGCACAAGUAUCCUCCAACAUCUCGAAAGAAGCUGCACCGAUCCCCUAACAAGAGAACCCUUGCUCCCAAGUGAUCUAAGACCCAAUCUGGGAUUGAAACAUGCAAUCGAAGAGUUUUUGGAAGAGAAUGGAUGGGCUGUUGAAUGGUAA